CACGGCAGAAAGCGCAGGAUCGCUACAGACUGGACAUUCAAAUAAGGAAAUGAUGCAAGUUGUUACCAUAGUAGUAGCUUCGUCGCUCCUGGCUUCAAUUAAUAUUGCAGAUGCUGCUGAUAUUGUAUGGACGACUCCAUCAGGUGGGGAUGGAUCAGCAAGCGAACCUGAAAACAAUGCCGCGGGAGCAGCAGUGGUGACAGUGGUCGCUACUCCUUCAACUGGAAAUACUAUUGGAGAUUACACCCUACUGACCACAGGCACUCCAUUCAGCUUGUCAACAGGUGGCGCUUUAACUGUCACUGCUGCAAACACUCUAGACUACGAAACAACAGAAAAAUACGUAUUAUCAAUUAAGGUUGUAGAUGACGCCCCGUCUUCGUCAACUGCAACACUUACUGUAUCUGUUACUGACGCCAACGAUGCACCAACGUUUUCCGCUCCUGCCUUCUACGCAUGCGCGAACGACGAAACUGCAGCAGGUACAUCUGUGUAUGCAAUACCCGGCUCUGAUCAGGACAGCGGAGACACACUUUCAUACUCAAUUACCGACGGAAACACAAACACAGACUUCGCCAUUGUUGGAAGUGAACUUCGUACGGCAAAGGUACUAGACAUGGAUACAACUGCUGUUUACGCCCUGGAAGUGGAAGUUGAUGACAGUACUGCGACAGCAACAACAAUCAUCGCUGUACAAGUGAAGGACAGCUGCAGCAGCGCAACAGCUGUCGUCAUGAGUCUCUUGACCAUUUUAACAGCUCUUGUUGUCUCUCUCAAUUAAAUCCAAAUCCAGCAUAAGCAAUUACGAAAAGAGAAAUUGAUGCAGAAAUAACCAUAAUAAUUCAGUCCCGUCGUGCACCAAAAUAGAAUUAUUUAUAAUCAGUAUCUUAAAGCAUUUAGAACAAGUAACACAACUCAAAUUAUGCAGAUAUCUUCACAAAAUGCACUUCCUCCUAUCAAAAAAUAAACAGAAUUAAUAAAAUUUAAUAAAAUUUAAUAAAAUGUAAACCACUGCUUUCGCCUAAGAUCUAGUUAAAAUUAAUCAGGCGCGAUUACAUCUUAAGAUCCUGCCUUUGGAUUACAAGAAAAUAAAUUAUGUGUGUAAACUAUUAUAAUGAAAUGUAUCUUUUUGUUGUUUUUAAUGAGUACUCUAGGUGAGAUGGCCUUUUGCAUCAUGGAAAUAAUUACUCUAAUUGCAUUACAAAGCAAAACGUGUAACAACUGUUAAACACUUGUUGAAUGGCUUGAAAAAAAAGUUAAAUUUCUUGUCCGACGUAAAUAUUUACUCAGCCUUUUAUAACUUGAAACACUGGGAAAUAAGCUUGUUUUUUAACUGUGUCACGACUUUGAUUGGUGGAUAUUCAAUAACAGGUACCGACGAUCGAGUAUCUGCAUAUCCGAAUAAAACUAAUCCGAACACGAGUCACUAACGUAAUUAACACUUAAUUUAUCAGAAAAUAGCUACAUGUACCACAUUGAUUCCAAUAUUUAUAAUGCAUAAAUCACAAUUACUUAUGUGUAUAUGAUUCGUACAUCUUAUAAAGUGACAGUUUAAUUUUUUAUAUGUUUCAUUGUAUAAAUUGACGUAUAGGCUUGGCUGAAACAACUAUGUCAUGUAAUAAAAUACAUACUUAAUGGCUUGCCAGUCAUUAAGUGUAUGAUAUGCAACAAGUCGCUGCCCAGCUGAGAAGGUCUACUCCCUUUAGUACACGUGUGUUGUGGUUAAUGUUUCGUUCCUCACUCUUUACGUUAAAGAAAUGAGUUCAAUAAUGAGAUGCAAAUGUAUCGAUGCUUGAUUCAUUUCUCAGUUACAGUGUGUUACCUUUAGGCAUGAAAAUGUUUGUUUCCGGUAUCCCGACUCACCCUAAAUUUUAGCCCGACCCUUAAAGUUUUAUGGCCUUGGAGAAUGUUUUUUCAAAUUUUUACAAAAAGUUACAAAACUGCAUUUUUUAUGCUUUAAACCUGGUCGGUGCUGUUAGAAAUCGACUUACUGAUGCUCUAAAUGCAUAUCCCUCUUAUAUGUAUUUCAUUUUUUUUAAAACAAAAUAAUGUCCGAAAAGUCUCGCUUAAUAAAACAAAUAAAAAACCGACCUACAUACCCUAAAUUUUGGAGCAUAUUUCCGGAAACAAAGAUUUUAAGCUUUGUUCAGUUUUAUUAAGUUCAUAGUACAUGCACAUGUCUCUCUGUAACGGAUAUUCUUAUUGGCAAUCUAAAAGAAUUGUGAUGCUUGAAAACUAAACCCGCUAAUAAAAUUAAUGUUUAAGGAAAGACAAAUUUUGUAAUAACAAUGGUUGGUUUUUAUUCAUUAGGCUCAAGCUAAAUUUGCUAAACAUUGACACCAAAUCUCAACAGUUAAUCAAAAUUUA